AUGGGACAGACCCAGCAGAAGACGCUCACCCAUGUCAUGGUCUCCUCUGCUUUCAUGUGGAUGCUGCUGGGGGUGCAGGUACGGAUGGUGCAGGUGUGGGCAAUGCAGGCAGGGGUGUGGGCAAGCAGGUGCAUUGGCUCCAUUCAGUACCUGAAGAACAAGUUUGGCAAAGGCUAUCUACUGGAAAUUAAGGUCAAGGAUCCGGAGCUCACUGAUCUUCUCCAUGCAGAGAUUUUGAGGAUUUUCCCAAGUGCAGCCCGUCAGGAGAGAUUCCCCUCUUUGCUCGUCUACAAGGUCCCAAUGGAAGAUGCACUGCCCCUGUCUCAGUCUUUCUCCAAGCUGGAGGAAGCCAAACGAAGCUUCAGCCUGGAGGAGUACAGCUUCUCUUUGAAUACUUUGGCUCAGGCAGAUGAUUUCAAGGCUGGACACGCUGUAAAGGCAUAAGCAGGGCCCAAAGCUGCAGUGAGACCCCGGGCAGUGCAGGGCAGAGGGCUGCUGCCUGGGGGUGGUGGCGAGGAGUCCUCUGCUGGGAAAGUGGUGGAAAAUUGUUUUUUUUUCACUGCUGGGAUUUAGCAUGGUGGGAACAAUCCAAGGAAAAGCGUUGCUGCCUGACUCUACUCACCGGAGCCAGGCACCCAGCACAUCCAAGGCACGGAUGCCCUUGGUAGAAAGCUACUUCACACACCUCCCAGAGGGGCUGCAGGGCUGCUCCUCCUGUACAGGAGCAUCCAAGUGUCUAGUGAGAGUCAGAGGAAUAAUCAGUUUUAUCUUGCCCAUUUCAGGUGUUUUUGGAACUCUCCCGAGAACAGGAAAAGGAUAAUUUUGAUCUGACUUUGGAUGGGGUUUUUGAAUGGAAACAACUUCAGCAGCAGGACUGCUGAAGCUCCAAAGAUGCUCAUUUACACACUGCUCAGUGUUAAGCUGACUGGUGUGACCCUGCACGUAUUUACUGCCAUUAUCAGGCCACCACGAGGAGGAGGAGCAGGCGCUGCCUUUCCAGUGACUAUCGGCUGAGGGCUCCUCUCCAAUGCAGAAGACAUUUCACCUGGACUCUGCAGGUGUCUACUCAAAGUCCUACCCCAAGUUGCAUUUCCAGUGGCUGGUUGAUGAACUAGUGCCUGCAGCGUCAAGCGGAGCAGCGUGCAGCAGAGGGACAGGAAAGUCUGCAGAAAGAAGGGUCAUAACCCAUCUCUGGGGAUCAAGGCUCUGCUUUGCUGGGUGGAUCUGGGUGCACCAGGGAAUUGGACACACUGCCAACCUUCUGGGCUCCUCUCCCACCAACGUGUGGGACUAUUUGCCAACGACGCGUUUAAAUACAUCUUAUUGAAAUCCCCAUUCUAUUUUUAUACCCUUCCAAUAAAUAUCUCUAUAGAAACCGUG